UUCAGCUCGAUGAUGUCGCGAUAACCUCUCCAUCUGAAUGCAGAAAUGUGGUUUAAUAAUUUUGAGAGCAGCCGGCAAAAAUAAACGAACUGAGUUUAAAGUGAGGUAAUCUAUAUUUUAUGAAUAGGUCAGAUUAUAUUUGAUUAUCCUGUCAAAGUUGCAGAUAGCUUUCAGCUUGACGUCACUGUGUUGUUUGGUGCAAACUAAUCUGGAUUUUCUAAGCUAACUGUGAGCGCUAUGCGCACUAGCAGUAGUAUAUAUUUUUUUAAACAGUUCCCACAGAUGACAAGGGGCUAAUUUUAUAAUACUGUUAAAUAACUGAACUCUUCCCGAAGCGUCCCGCGCGCUGGUGCGCAUGCGUGUGUGGGUUGCCAUGAAGGUAAAGGUGAUCUCCAUCCUGGAAGACAACUACAUGUACCUGGUAAUAGAGGAACAGAGCAAAAAUGCCAUAGCUGUGGACCCUGCGGUACCUCACCGGCUGCUAGAAAUUGUGAAGAGGGAAGGCUUGUGUCUGACUGCUGUCCUCACAACACACCAUCACUGGGACCAUGCCAGAGGAAAUGAGGCUCUGCUGAAGGAGGUUCCUGGCCUGAGGGUGUACGGUGGAGAUGAUCGGAUCGGAGGUCUGACAGAUAAAGUCUCAAAUGCUCAGGAGCUGAAGUUUAGCUCCAUCAAUGUGAGGUGCCUGUUUACUCCCUGCCAUACCUCUGGUCACAUGUGCUACUUUGUUUGGGAGGAUGAGUGCACUGAUGCCCCUGCUGUGUUCACAGGGGAUACGCUGUUUAUUGGUGGAUGUGGACAGUUUCUUGAGGGUACCGCAGAACAGAUGUACCACAACCUUACCCAGGUGCUUGGUUCCCUACCUCAAGACACGAAAGUGUUCUGCGGACAUGAGUACACCAUCAAGAACCUGAAGUUUGCCCUGCUGGUGGAGCCAGAGAAUGAAAAGGUUAAAGAGAUGCUGAGCUGGGCCCGGGCAAGAGAUGAUGAUGAUAAACCCACAGUGCCAUCCACGCUCAUAGAGGAAUUUGAAUACAACCCUUUCCUCCGCCUGUCGGAGGAAGCAGUGCAAAGGUUCACAGGAAAGACGGACCCCAUAGAGGUGAUGAGGGCCCUCCGGAAGGAGAGGGACAAGUUUAAGAAGCCCAAGGAGAGACUUCCUCCUCAUGCCAUGCUGGCUUUGGAGUGGGGACUGCUCAGACCCUGAGAUCCAGUUUCUGAGCUCUAAACAUAGGAUGUCAUCAAGGGGGGAAAGUGAUUCCUAGCCUGAAGGUUGGCGGUCGAGUGGCAUAUAUCUUUUAACUGUUAUAAAACCAUGUUUGCACAAUAGGACCAGUGUAAAGCUGCUUCCAUUGAAGUCCCAAUGAAAAAGACCAGCACAGUGCUGUUUGCCUAACUGCUCAUUUAUCAGCUCCAUUUGCCACCGUCCUGCAGCCGAUCUGCUUAAAUUUGAAAUUCAAUUAAACAAAUUACAUGCUAAAUAUGUAAAUGCCCCUGAGUGUAGGACAUCUCAUUUUUAUAUUUUAAUUGUUUUUCCAGGAAAUCACAAACUUCAAGAUACAAUUGACACAAUGUUUAUUGAUACCUACAAAGUCUGUCACUGUUAAGCCAGAUACAGAUGUAUAGGUAAAGUACAAAACUGUCCCCAUGCAAACAUUUAAAUAUCAGUUUUUAUUUCAUGGGGAUAUAAAAUAUUCUGAUUAAAGGCUGGUUUCCUUGUUUCUUAUGCACAAAUCCAUUGCACAGGUACUGUCUGGUAAUACCAGUUUCCAAUGAAACUGUUUUUUUUUUUUUUAAUUCUUUAAAUACUGAAGAGAAAAUAACCUUAAUUUCUUUAUUAUGCAAUUUUAAGUUUAAUUUUCAUACUCUGUUCUUUUUCCAUUUUUGUAAAUGUUUAGUAAAAUUACUCCUAAACCUGCUGACUAA